AUGAAACCAAAAAAAGUUUACUUCGGCUUGGAUACCAGCGAUUGCGAGCGUAGAGCAGUAAAUAGUGAGAAAAUAUUAACAGAUACUAUGCAAGGUAACAGAGGCAAAUGUUGUAAUGGGCCCGUAGAAAUGCAUGCUAAUGACGAUCUAGGACUCUCUUCCCAUGGACGCUGUGCUAAUCAGGCCAAAAUGGACCCUCAAGAAUGUUUGAGUGAGUCUGAGGGGAUGUGCGAUCGGAGGGAGAAUAGGAUUGAGGCUGCAUUAAAUGUAGACAGCUGUUGUGGAGAUAAUCAAACAGGCCACAACUACUCAGAUGGGUCCUGUGCUGAUGAAUGUCGUGCUAACAAGGGGAACGAAACUACGGCUGCAUUAGAUGUAGAAAGCUAUCGUGGAGAUGCUCAUAAGGGCGGCAAAUAUCCAGAGAAGUCUUGUGUUGAUAAAUGCUGUGUUGAGAGUUCUUCUGUAAUGGUCGAGGAAAUUACAGACAGCUGCGAAGCUGGAUGUUGUAAAGAACAAUUGUUGACCGGCCUUGAAGUUGUUUCAAGCAAGUGCGACGAUCAACAGUCUACUCACGAUACCAGGGAAAUACCUCACUUCAAAGCUGAUAACUCUAAUCAACACGCUGGGAAGGGUAGCUUUUGCUUUGAAUCGAAAAACUCUACACUCAAGAAAAGAGGUUGCAGAGUAGGCAGAAAGAAGAUUGAGCUUUCCAGUAAAGCUGAAUGCUGCAACAUUUCAUGUGUUGAACGCCUUGCAUCUCGCAGCUCUGAAAAGAAAAUGUUUAACCGUAACACUGAUGUUGGAAAUUCUGGCAGUUGCUCUAGUGACAGUCUAAGCGAGAAAUCCUUAAACGAGCAUUACUCUACAAUAUACAAUCGUUAUUCCUCAAUUUUGAAAAAUUUAGGUUGCAUCUGUAACUAUUUGCGUACUUUGGGAAAGGAAUCUUGCUGUCUCCCAAAGGUCCGUUUUUGCAAUGGGGACGAUGCUUCUAUAAAGGCGAAGUAUUCUUACCGCAACAACUCUGAACGUCUAACAAGGAAAAGGACCCAAAGAGACGGAAACAAGUUAAGCAAUAACACUGCCCAUGGGGAAUUUGUUUGUUCAAAAAGUUGUUGCAAUACAAUCAAGGAUUGCGCUAUUACUCCAGCUAUCUCUGGACGCUCCUCCACUGAAGUACCAAAAAUCGUAUCUGUAGAACCAAUUACAGAAAUGGGUCAUCUUAAUCUUGAAGCAGGAUCUACUGGUACCGAACACGUCGUUCUUAGUGUCUCGGGAAUGACUUGUACUGGCUGUGAAACAAAACUUAAGAGAUCUUUUGACGCCCUUACUUGUGUUCACAAUUUGAAGACAAGCCUGAUAUUAUCACAAGCUGAGUUUGAUCUCGAUCUUGCUCAGGGAUCUGUCAAGGAUGUUAUUAGGCACUUGGGCAAAACUACAGAAUUCAAAUACGAACAAAUUUUGAAUCAUGGUUCUACUAUAGAUAUUGUUGCGCCUUCUAUAGCAAAAGAUUUCGUCAAUGAGAAAUGGCCACAAGGCGUCACAGAGCUGAAGAUUGUUGAGAAAAACAUCGUUCGUGUGUACUUUGACUCCAAGGUUAUAGGUGCCAGAGAUCUUGUCAAUAAAGGAUGGAACGUACCUGUUAAUCUUGCUCUGCCUAGUGCUCACCCAACCGUUGAAGUAGGGAGGAAGCACUUAGUUCGUGUAGGCUAUGUGACUGCUCUCUCCAUAAUAUUGACGAUUCCGAUUCUCGUGAUGGCUUGGACUCCACAUCUUCGUGAAAAAGUCUUGACUAUGUCCAUAUCAAUGGGGCUUGCAACUAUUAUCCAAUUUGUUAUUGCGGGACCAUUUUACUCGAAUGCUUUGAAGAGUUUGAUAUUUUCCAGGCUUAUUGAAAUGGAUCUCUUGAUAGUUUUGAGUACUAGCGCCGCCUACAUUUUUUCGAUUGUGUCAUUUGGAUAUUUCGUUACGGGACGCCCAUUAUCUACUGAGCAGUUUUUUGAAACUAGUUCUUUGCUUGUAACGCUGAUCAUGGUUGGUCGCUUUGUGAGUGAGCUAGCCAGACACAAGGCUGUGAAGUCAAUAUCAGUACGUUCCUUACAGGCCUCUUCUGCUAUCCUCGUUGAUGAAGCUGGUAACGAGACAGAAAUUGAUAUCAGGCUUCUCCAAUAUGGCGAUAUUUUCAAGGUUUUACCUGAUUCAAAAAUUCCAACUGAUGGAACAGUCAUUUCUGGAUCUUCCGAAGUCGACGAAGCAUUGAUUACGGGCGAAUCCAUGCCAGUGCCAAAAAAAUGCCAAUCCAUUGUCGUUGCCGGAUCGGUAAAUGGCACUAGUACUUUGUUCGUAAAGCUAAUUAAGCUUCCAGGGAACAACACCAUUAGCACCAUAGCCACAAUGGUUGAUGAAGCAAAAUUAACUAAGCCAAAGAUCCAAAAUUUUGCUGAUAGAAUUGCAAGUUAUUUCGUGCCAACUAUCAUUGGAAUCACCGUCGUCACCUUUUUUGUCUGGAUAGGAGUUGGAAUCAAUGUGAAAAAGCAAUCACGUUCCGAUGCCGUAAUCCAGGCCACAAUAUAUGCUAUUACGGUACUCAUUGUUUCAUGUCCCUGUGCAAUUGGACUUGCCGUCCCUAUGGUAUUUGUUAUUGCAAGUGGAGUCGCAGCGAAAAGGGGAGUAAUUUUUAAGUCAGCAGAGAGUAUAGAGGCUGCUCACAACACUUCUCAUGUUGUAUUUGAUAAAACAGGUACUUUAACUGAAGGAAAACUUACUGUUGUACGUGAAAUUAUCGGGAAUGAUCGGCUAAAUUCUCAGUCUUUAUUACUUGGUUUGACUGAAGGAAUUAAACACCCAGUUUCUAUCGCAAUAGCGUCAUAUCUCAAAGAGCAAAGCGUUUCUGCACAGAAUGUUUCUGAUACAAAAGCUGUAACUGGUAAGGGCGUAGAAGGGUGUUCACACUCUGGCUUGAAGCUACAGGGAGGGAACUGUCGUUGGCUUGGUCAUAGCGAUGACCCUGAUGUUCGAGAAGCCCUUGAUCAAGGAUAUUCCGUUUUCUGUUUCAGUGUAAACGGUUCACUCACUGCUGUCUAUGCAUUAGAAGACUCUUUACGGGCAGAUGCUGUUUCCACUAUUAAUUCGUUACGCCAAAGAGGGAUUUCACUGCACAUCUUGUCAGGGGAUGACGAUGGAGCUGUUCGUUCUCUGGCUGCUCGUCUUGAAAUUGAAAGCUCCAAUAUUCGUUCUCACGCAACUCCUGCAGAAAAGGGUGAAUAUAUCAAGGACAUUGUCGAAGGAAGAAAUUUUGACAAUUCUUCGCAAUCAAAAAGACCGGUUGUUGUUUUCUGCGGUGACGGAACAAACGACGCAAUCGCUUUGGCUCAAGCGACAAUUGGAGUUCAUAUCAAUGAAGGAAGUGAGGUUGCCAAGCUAGCUGCUGACGUCGUUAUGUUAAAGCCGAAACUUAACAGUAUCUUGACCAUGAUGACUGUGAGUCGCAAAGCCAUGUUCAAGGUCAAAUUGAAUUUCAUAUGGAGUUUUACUUACAACUUAUUUGCCAUUCUUUUGGCGGCCGGUGCCUUUGUUGACUUUCAUAUUCCACCAGAGUAUGCAGGUUUGGGGGAACUAGUUAGUAUUCUCCCUGUAAUCUUUGUGGCCACUCUUCUGCGUUAUGCAAGUAUUUAG